CCCCUCCCUCUCCCGGCGGAGACUGAGAUUCUGGCGCGAGGAGCCCGCAGCCGGCCGCCUGUUCUAUCUCUCACUUGCUACCUGAAUACUACUACUUAAUACUGCUACUUUCCACUUAAUUCAUCUUCCCACUUAUCAUUCACCUGGUUCUUACUCGAGUUUCAAUAAAACCCUCCGCCGGUUACGUCUCGCACGCAUUCCCCGCUUUUUUACGCUCGCCGUCUUUGCCGAAGGAAAAAGAAAAGCGCGCCGCGUCACCGCACGCAAUUUUUUUUCGUUUUUCGCCGAAUUUUCUUUUCAUCUCUCGACGAAUUUACGGAAAAUUUCGUCCCCGUAAGAAAAUUUAGGUAGACUGACAGUUUCCCUCUAGUGUCUUCGUCGAGUUUUGUGCUGUUUCUCGGGUGAAAAAUUCGAACAUCUUAAAUUCGCGGCUAGAAUUUGACAAAUUUUAAGUUUCCCCUCGGAAAUUGUCUCCUUAUCUCGGGCCAGGGUAUUAUUUUUCCAGUGUUUCGGCUGAAUUUCAGUGACCUCUGUGCUCUCGAGAGGACCCCAGUGAAGUUUCAUGCCGCCGCGAGGCAGUGACUCGUUCGUGAGAUGGACGCUCGGGAAAGACCCCUCCCGGAAAGCUACAGGACCCUCGUUCGUGUCCACGCUCCAGCCCCGGCGCGCCGGUAGAAGGUACUCGUGAGAAGUUCGCGCCCAAGUGCUCCACACAUUCCAGCCGCCAUGAACGCUGACACUCUGAGAAGACUGAGCGGUGUGUCGCUAGCCACCGCGCUUAGGAUAGUUCUAGCCUUAAGUUGUUUAAGCAGCCUCAUCCAGGCUCGACCGCGGGUACAUCACAGCGAGGAGGAGUCCUCCUCGGGGGAGUCGGGGGACGGGGACGAAGCUAGUCAUGAUCUCAUUGUCAAAUUGUUGUUGGACCUGGUGAACGUGUUGCCGUCGGAUAAGUUGAGCGAGCUGGACGCGGUGCUGACCCGCGGGAUGAUGGAGAUGCCGCAAGCGGACGAGUCGAGCAAGGAUCCCGAGGAUGAGGUCGACGUGCAGGACCAAGAGCUCAAAGACAAGGACCCGCCACCAACCCCAGAGCGCGACCCCUACGCUCGCGAAUUCCUGGACCCCGCCAACUCCACCGCCGCACCCAACGUCAGUGUCGGCUACAUCGAGGCUCCCAGACUCCCCGAUAUACGCGAAAGUGAUAAUGACACUCUUGAUAUACAAAGGGAUAAGAACGUGACCUUAUAUUCGAUAAAGCACAAGAUCCUAGGAUUUUUCAAAAUGUCUGGUCGAAACCCAGGAAACUGGAGCGAUGCAAAGCCUCAGCACAAAGAGAUGCUGAAUAAUGUGCUGAAGACGAUACCUGUUUCUGGUGUUGAGGAUGCAACCGAGAAAGUUCAGAGUUACUUCCCUUCGUGUAGCGUGCCAACUGACACGGAUGAAGAGUUAUGGAAUAAUGGAAAAAUGAUGAACCUGGUGUUCAAUGUGAGCUUUCCACCCCCUGCCCCUCCACUCAAUGCCAUCAAUGGAACUGCCACUUUGGUCACGGGAGCCAAAUUGCGUCUAUAUUUCAAGGCCAAUUCAUCGAUGACACUAUCAGAAAACUGCUCGCAAACAGCAAACGAUGAUCGAAAAGCUAUCAAAUUUUGCAGUGUCCGAAUUGGUGAAACUGCAGCCGGAGCUGCUGAAGAUAGACAGUUUCGGGUCUCCGUUCAUAGAUAUACGAAACCUCUGAAAAAACAAGAAAAAACGAAGAGGACAAUCAGUCUGUUAGACAGUCGGAUGGUGACGCUGGGAAGUGAAACUUAUGCUGAAUUCGACGUCAAAAAGGCCGCUAGAGCGUGGGGGAAGUCAAAAAAUUUCGGCCUCGCUGUUCAAGUUGAGGAUUUAGCAAAAACCACCCUCCCGGCUGAUAGUUAUUUUGUCACGAUGAACUGCUCCAAAGAAGCACGAUCAGCGAUGCCGAUGCCGGGGUUCGUGCUGGACGCGACGCGGGAGGCCUCCAACUCGUCGUGGGGCACGGACUUCUACCCGACGAUGUACCCGACGCUGGACGUGACGACGACGGAGAUGAGCGAGGAGCAGCAGCAGAAGCUGAGCCUCGAGGAGGCGCUCAGGAAGCUCAACGCGAGCGGGAUCGCGGCCGUGCGGAGCCCGAGCCAGGCCUCGGCGGGCGCCGCGUCCAAGCGCAGCGGCGGCCCCGCGAUCAGCCUCUACGAGCAGGAGAAGCACAAGCUCCGACACCAGAAACAGCGCAAGCUCAUCGAAGCUGCCGCCACCGCCGAGACCCAACCCGACGCCUCCGCCCCCAAACCCCUCCACUUCCCGAAGUUCACAUCGUGAUUCCGGCCUUCGAGGCCCCCCCGCGAGGGAUCGAGUCAGUUGGAGAGGUCCGACAAAAUUUGGAAAUUUUAAAAGCUUAUGAUUCCGUCUAUAUGUCGCAGGCAAUGGAGAUGUUGCAUAUGUGAGGGAUUUACGAUUUGACUGUUGUUUCUUAUGUAAAAGUU